AAAUUCCCAACAAAUACAAGAUCAAACACGCCAAACAUCCCCUUCCAUUCAGUUUCGCUUUGUUAUCGCUCCAAUUGAAGAAAAGUCCUUUCUAUCUAGGGUUUGGGUUUGACAAUCAUUUCUUUGAAGAUGUUGGAGGUGGUGUUGAACGAUCGUUUGGGAAAGAAAGUGAGAGUGAAGUGCAACGACGACGACACGAUCGGCGACCUCAAGAAGCUCGUGGCGGCACAGACCGGUACCCGAGCUGAGAAGAUCCGGAUCCAGAAGUGGUACAACAUCUAUAAAGACCAUAUUACCCUCAAGGAUUACGAGAUUCAUGAUGGCAUGGGCCUCGAGCUCUACUACAACUAGAACAAACAUGAAUUCCAGUGCAGUAUUGCAAGGCAUUGUGGAAGAUGAAGCUGCCUCUUCUUUGCUAGUAAUUACCUACUCUUUGCAACUAGCCUGAUGCUUUGUAAUUGAUGCACAUAUACUUUUAUGAAAUAUGUAAUGACUGCCAUGACUAGAUUUGGUUAUAAUAUGUUAACUUGCAGUGUGUUCUGUUUGGUACAA